GCAGACAGAGGCAGCAUUACAGCUCAUUACAGGUGAAUGAAACACUGACUGGGGAUCGUCUUGCAGGGAGUUGCAGCAUGACUGGACUGUCUCCGUGUAAAUCUCCAGCUGCUAUGACAACAUAUAAAAGAUCCCUGCUGUUGGUUGGAUUUGUGGGUUCUCUGUUUGUUAUGCUGUCCUCUGACCACUUCAGUCUGUCACGAGAUAUACCUCUUCAAGCACAGAAAAUGAGAAAGCAGCUGCUGAAAGAAAUGUGUGACAGUGACAAAGAUGUUUCAUCAAAGCGGAGGCGCAGUUUAGAAGAAAUAAGUGACAAGGAGCUGAAGAAUUUCAUAGUGGAUGACAAACACGGCAUCAUCUACUGUUUUAUCCCCAAGGUGGCGUGUAGUAACUGGAAGAGGGUUAUGUUUGUCCUCAAGCAGAAUGAGCCAUAUAAAGACCCCCUGUCUGUACCUACAGAUGUAAUCCAUGAGCCCAAUACACUCACAUACCUCAACAGUUUACCCCGAAAAGAGAGGAAGGUGAGGCUGAAGCAUUACACUAAGUUCCUCUUUGUUCGGGACCCAUUUGUGCGUCUCAUCUCCGCCUACCGAGAUAAGUUCCACAGGCAUAAUGAUUACUUCUACCAAAAUUAUGGCCGGGACAUUCUGCAACUGUAUGGCAACAUGUCCACCCCCCCACAGACAGAGGAUGAAGCCUUUGCAUUAGGCAUUCGUCCAUCUUUCUACAACUUUAUUCAAUACCUAUUGGACCCAAAGACAGAGAGAAAGGCCCCCUUUGAACCACACUGGAGGCAGAUGCACCGCCUCUGCCACCCCUGCCUCAUAGACUAUGAUUUCAUUGGUCAUCAGGAGAGUCUUCAGGAGGAUGCUAACCUGCUGCUGAAGAUCUUGAGAUUGGAGGAUGAUAUUAACUUUCCUCCUUCGCCUGAAAACGUGACGACUUCUGAUUCAGUGCUGGACUGGUUCAGCGGUGUGCCGUUGGAUGACAGGAGGAAGUUGUACAAGCUCUAUGAGGACGACUUCAGGCUGUUUGGCUACAGAAAACCAAACAAACUGCUCCAUGACUGACAGGAAAUAAUUAAAUUACAUCCAACUUAAAUUUGAAAUAAAUGUGUAAUGUCUCCAUUCAGAAGAUGUGCUAUUAAUAGGCAUGUUCAUUUUAUGGUUAAUAAAAGAAAUGUUUGUUUUCUUGCAAA